UAUUUGAAAUAUGUCUGCACCUCCUCAAGCCUUAGUGAAUAGAAAUAAAAAACAUUUUCUGGGAGUACCGGCUCCUCUUGGAUAUGUUGCUGGUGUAGGCAGAGGGGCUACAGGAUUCACAACUCGUUCUGAUAUUGGUCCAGCAAGAGAUGCUAACGACGUUUCCGACGAUCGCCAUGCUCCACCAGCUGCCAAGAGACCCAAGAAAAAAGAUGAAGAGGAAGAAACAGAGGAAGAAGAAAAUUUGAAUGACACCAAUUAUGACGAAUUUAGUGGUUAUGGUGGAUCAUUGUUCUCCAAAGAUCCCUAUGACAAGGAUGAUGCAGAAGCUGACGCGAUUUAUGAAUCAAUUGACAAACGAAUGGAUGAAAAACGAAAAGAUUAUAGAGAAAAACGUCUACGAGAAGAAUUAGAACGGUACCGUCAGGAAAGGCCUAAGAUUCAGCAGCAGUUUUCUGACCUUAAAAGAGAUUUGGCAGCCGUGAGUGAAGACGAGUGGAAAUCUGUACCAGAAGUGGGUGAUGCUAGAAACAAGAAACAACGAAAUCCCAGGGCAGAAAAAUUUACACCACUUCCUGACAGUGUUCUUUCAAGAAAUUUAGGUGGGGAGGCAACAUCAUCUUUAGAUCCCAACUCUGGUUUGGCCAGUAUGGUUCCCGGAGUAAUGACUGCAUUAAUCAAGGAGCCUAUGAAUGUGCCAGAACAGUGUACAACAUUGCUUUAGCUGCUUUCCCUGGCAAAAAAUCAAUCUGGUUGCGAGCUGCCUAUUUGGAGAAGAAUCAUGGAUCGAGGGACAGUUUGGAAAAUCUUCUUCAAAGAGCUGUUGCUCAUUGUCCAAAAAGUGAGGUACUUUGGUUAAUGGGAGCAAAAAGUAAAUGGUUAGCUGGCGAUGUACCAGCUGCAAGAGGCAUUUUAUCACUGGCUUUCCAGGCUAAUCCUAACAGCGAAGAAAUUUGGUUGGCUGCUGUCAAACUGGAAUCAGAAAACAAAGAAUAUGAAAGAGCUAGAAGACUUUUGGCUAAAGCUAGAGGUUCUGCUCCAACUCCUCGAGUUAUGAUGAAAAGUGCAAAGCUUGAGUGGUCACUCAAUGAUCUUAAUGGAGCCCUGAAGUUACUAGAUGAAGCUUUGAAAGUUUUCCCUGAUUAUCCGAAACUGUGGAUGAUGUUCGGCCAGAUCCAAGAACAGAAAAAUGACUUGUCAAAAGCUUUUGAUGCCUAUAAUGCAGGGAUAAAAAAAUGUCCCAAUUCGAUUCCACUAUGGCUUCUGUUAUCAAGGCUCGAAGAGAAACGUGGAUUGCUUAUCAAAGCGCGUUCAGUUCUUGAGAAGGCUAGGCUGAAGAAUCCUAAAAAUGAAUAUUUGUGGUUGGAAGCCAUAAGGGUUGAAAUUAGAGCUGGAAUGAAGGAUAUUGCAAAUGCUAUGAUGGCAAAGGCAUUACAGGAUUGUCCUACGUCCGGUGUGUUGUGGGCCGAGAGUAUUUUCAUGGAACCUAGACCACAAAGAAAAACAAAAUCGCACCAAUGCCACGAUCUCUCCAAGAUAACAACGUCAUAUUUCACACAAUUCUUCAAAAAAUUCAAACGAACAUAUAACGUGAGAAACCAGAGCCCUAACAGAACUAAAAAUCAGACAGCGCUUUAUCGACCCGCCAUAGUUCUCAUUAGUGGUGGCAAGCUGACUUCCCACGAAUGUGCUGCUGGACUCAACUGUUCUUCAAAGACAAGCCUGAGGAUCCUACCCGAGGCCAUUAGAACUAACUGUAAGAAGUGCACGGAAAAACAAAAGACAGUCACACUGAGAAGUAUAAAGCGCCUUAUGAAAGAGUACCCCAAGAUAUGGGCACAACUACAGAAAGAAUGGGAUCCAGAUGGCAGUCUAACAGCAAAAUUUAUUGCGACUUAUGGUAGCCGAGAAUCGAUACCAGCACCAGUGGUUUCCCUGGAAAUGUUGAACAAACUUGGUGGCAUUAUUGAAGAAACAAUAGACAAUAACACACUUUCGAUGAAAAAAACAAGUACUGGUACUAGUACAAGUGGCACAAGUACAUUCGCUUCUGUUACCACUGGAAAAACUAUUGUGUCCCAAAAAAAAAUCAAUAAUAAAAGUGCAAAACCCACUUCAUCUACCAAAAAGAUCAUCACUUCCACAAAAUCAGUCACCUUGAUCAAUAAAGUCACUACUAACGCUCCCAUAGCAAGCAAUACAUUCACUAAUUUUCAUAGCUCUCCAAAUCGUUUCAGGCCUCUGGCUAACAUCGGAGCUGGUAUAGAAGCUACGGUAAGUUUAGGUACUAAUAUUGUUGGAAAUCUGGUUAGGGGUAUUGGAGCUUUGGGAGAUAGGGUUGUAGAGACAGGGGCGGAAAUUGCUGAAGUUGUACUCAGAAAUAUCGCUAGGCCUCUUUGAUAACUGAGUCGUAAGAAGCCUCAGAAUAUUUUUUUCUGGUCAAAAUUUAUACUUGCCAGUCACUCGUAGGUACAAUGAUUUUGUUUAUUUGUUUAUAACCCAUUUUUACUUUUUCAUCAUUUGCUUGGGUGGCAUUAUUUUAUAAUGAUUGUAGUUGGGCAUAUACAUAAAUAUCGCUUUAGAUGAUCAUGUAUUGGAAAUAAUAUGUAUAGACUGGUUUUUAGCUUGUCAUUAAGCUUUUAGAAUAACGAUGACAACAACCAUGAAUGAAAUCUAAUGCAGGUUCAGUUUUUGAUAUGUAAUAAUGAUGUUUUCGGCUCACAUACUAAAUUUUAUAUGAAGAGUGUGUCAAUUUUCAUAACUGUUGGUAGUGGUUAUAGCUCUGAGGAUUGAAAUUUGUUUUGUAGAAAAAAAAUAACAAUCAUUUCCGUAAAAUCAAGGAAAAAAACAGUUCAGUGUGUUCACUAUUUCAACCUCAGAAUCUGAAAACACAACUUAUAUGAUUUAUACUUCCAUUCAGUUCAACUUAAAAAAUAAAAUGUGGUGAAAUAUUUUCAUUUGAUGAAUUGAAGUUAUAGUCUCACUUUGAUUGGUCAUUUGUUACUAUUAUUCUUGUACAUUCAUCUGUUUCUUUUCACAAACGACUGCCUUGAUAUGGUCCAAUAUGGUGAGAUCCAGUGGUAUCAAAUUCGGUAUUCGCGGUGGCAAUUCAACUGCUUCCAUUUUUAUUGAUGUAUCGACCUAAAUACCAUCUAGUUUGUAGGUCAUAAUGGGGUGGAGCAUAAUUCAGUUGGAGAAGAUUUUCUGAACGAAACCCGUGAUUUACUUGAUCUUCAAAAUUUCUGCUAUCGCAAAUCAAUAAAAAUAUCAUCACUUGUCAUUUUCAAGAAACAGAAAUCAUACACCGCUCAGAACAUAUGUCAAAAAACUGUAGCUACUACUGAAUUGCUCAUCCUGGUCAUAAUGAUUUUUUAGUGUUUUAAAACCAAAUUGAUUCUCAGAAAUGUUACCGAUCCAAAGUUUUGGGACUGAUAAACUACUCAUGAAGGAUUAAAACAAUCUGAUAGUCAUCUGGAAAUGAACGAUUAGUUUGAAAUGGGUCAAUUUAAAUAUAGCAAUAUGAAAGAUAGUUUUCAGUCAUCAACACAUCUUUCAAAUAAUUUCUUGAUACCUUUGAGUGUUCGAAGAAUAUUGUGAAUUUUUUAAGAAUUUUGAUAGAUAUAUAGAUAACAUCAGGCGUAAAUCAUAAUACCUCGUACUUGGUAUUAUGUAAUAUGAUUUACGCCUGAGGUGAAUUCUCCUUUUAAACCAAAUAAUAUACACAGAAAAUGUGCAUUGUAUCGAGUGCGAAAGAUUGGUUUUUGUUUGUUUUUUAGCUGAUAAAAGAAACGAUAAACAUAAUAGCCACAUGUUGUUUCAUGUUCAUCAUGAAUUGAUAUGUAGGGUUUGAUUUCGACAUCCUAAAAAAUCACUCGAUUUUCACACAUUCUGCAUUGCAGGAACCAAAAUCGAAAAAAAAUAUAUUCAUCAUCUCUCUUACAUUUAUUUCUACUUUUUUUGCCUGUGACACUCAAAUGUUGGGAUAUUUUUAACUAAGAAAGAUAUUUUGAUUUGUUUGAAACAGAUCAAUUCAUUAUGAGGUAUUCAUAAGUGAAAUAUCCCAUUAUGACAUGAAAUGAGAGGAAAUGAGAGUUGGGUAACUUCUGAUGUACAUUAUUAUAUUGUGUAACUCACUGAAUAAUGAGAUGUUUUUUUGAGAAAAUAGCAAACCACAACCGAAU